UCAAUCAGUUUUUCUUGCGUGUGAUUGGACCAAGAAUGAAACGCCCACAGGAGUUUGGUUUCCGGGUUGUGAUCAUGGCGUGUUGCUGAACAGCAUGUGAGUUUUGAUACCUACAAGCCGGAGAUCUAAUACAUCUGUAACAUCAAACAUGGCAGCAGUCGAGGAGGACUUCCCUCGAGGAGGGACAUCAAAGAAGCCUACUGAGAGUAAAGUAGUUGUGCAACGGACAGAAGUGGACAAUUUGUUCCAGUCAAACGAUCAAGCAGAAACUAAAAAAAGAAAGGGAGCUGGCAAAGACGAUGGCAAGAAGCUUAAGAAGCCAAAAACAGGCAAAGAAGAAAGUCUGACGCUGAAUGCAGAAGCCAAGUGUGUGGAAAUUCUACAUAUCAAGAAUGUGAGGGAGGGUAUGUUGAUGCUGGGUUGUGUGAAGGAGGUAGCAGACUUUGAAGUGACAGUCAGCCUGCCGUGUGGUCUGCAAGGCUUCCUCAGCAUCAAGAACAUCUGUGACUCGUACGCCAAGCUGCUCAGUGAGCAGCUGGAUUCAGCUGAUACAGAGGAGAUCUGCUCUCUGCCACACCUCUUCUACCCUGGCAUGGUGUUCAGAUGUGUCGUUGCCAAGUUGGAUGUAUCCAAAGGAGGCUCUCUUAGUAUCCAGCUGUCAAUCAACCCAAAGCUGGUCAACAAAGCUCUCACUUCAGCCUCUCUGAAAACUGGCAUGGUCUUGAGUGGAUGUGUGGAGAGUGUGGAGGAUCAUGGCUACAUAAUCGACAUUGGCAUCAGUGGAACAAAAGCCUUCCUGCCCAAGAAAGCAGCAAAAGACAAAUCUAACAACUCAGAAGAGUUGAAGGUGGGUCAGUAUGUGACAUCUCAAGUGGAAGAAGUAAAGAACGAAGGGCGCGUGGUGCGCCUUUCUGCCAGGGCCCCGGCCAUCAGCCAGGCUUGUGCUGAAUCCAAGCAGGGCUGGAACCUCACUAACCUUCUGCCUGGUCUUCUGGUCAAAGCUACAAUCAAAAAGGUCACCAAACAUGGUCUGAUCCUGGAAUUCCUGUCUUCCUUUAGUGGCCAGGUGGACUUUCUCCAUAUGGAGCCAGAAAAAGCAUCCAGCUACACUGAGGGAACCGAGGUUCUAGCCUGUGUGCUGUAUGUGGAUCCAUCCUCCCGACUGGUGGCGCUGAGCCUGCGCAGCUACCUCGUUCAGCCCGGGACCAUAGUUGACCCCUGUCCUGCUGGAGGUGACCGCAUUGGUGAGGUAGUGAAGGACUGCAAGAUGACCAUGAUGCACCACAUGUCUGGAGCCAUCCUGGAACUGCCAGACAAAACGAUUGUCUUUGUUCAUAGGAACCAUCUGAAGGAGCCACAUGAGUCAUCUAAUGAAAACAGAGUGCUCGCCAUGCCCGAGCACACCUGCAGGAUCCUGGACUUCAGCCCCAUGGACCAAAUUCAUUUUGUUACUCUGCGCAAGAGUGUGAUUCACAAGCUGUUUUAUAGAUACCAUGAUCUUCAGGCGGGUCAGGUUGUAGAGGGGAAAGUGUCAGUCCUGCACAGCUAUGGCAUGGUGGUGCAUCUGUCCGACCACAUUAAAGGCCUGGUGCCGCGGACCCACCUGUCUGAUAUCCUACUUAAAAACCCAGAGAAGAAGUACAUAGAGGGCAUGAAGAUCAAAUGUCGGGUGCUGUCAGUAGAUGCAGAGAAUAAGAAGCUGUACUUGACCAGAAAGAAGGCCCUGGUUGAGAGCUCCUUGCCACUGUUUCUCAGCUAUGCCGAUGCCCGUCCUGGCUGUGUGUCACACGGCUACAUUGUCUGCAUGAAAGACUUUGGCUGCAUCGUUCGUUUCUACAACAACGUCAAGGGUCUGGUGCCGCUCAGCGAGCUCAGUUCAGAGCCCAUUAUCUGCCCAGAUGAAGUCUUCUAUGUGGGGCAGGUGUUAAAGGUUAAAGUUCUUCAUUGUGACCCCGAUAAGGCAAAGAUGGUGCUGUCAUUUAAGACAGCAGUGGAGGGAAACACAGAGGAAGCUGCCAAGCUCCAGUUUGACUGUGAGGUGGGAAAGAGACUGGAGGCUAAGGUGCUGAAAAAGUCUGUCAAUGGCCUGGAUGUGUCCAUCCUCCCUGAUGAGAUCCGUGCUGUGCUACCCACAGUGCACCUUUCUGAUCACAUGUCCAACUGCCCUCUACUGUGGGACAGCCUGCAAGAGGGAGACAACAUCUCAAACCUCAUCUGCUUCAACAAGAACAAGCAAAAUAUUCACCUCACCAAGAAACCGACAGUGAGAUGGUCACUGGAGGAAGGAGUGGUUGCCAAGGACUUCUCUGAACUCACAGUGGGAAUGCAGCUGAUUGGCUGGAUCAAGAACAUCAUGUCCUAUGGUGUUUUUGUAGAGUUUCCAUAUGGCCUUGUUGGUCUUGCACCCAAGUCGGCCAUGACCGACAAGUUCAUCAGUGAUGCAACAACUGUCUUCCAGCUGGGCCAGACGGUGAUUGCUAAAGUGACCAAUCUGGAUGAGGAGAAGCGACGUUUCCUGGUCACGUUGAAGAUUUCAGAGGUCAUAUCUCCAGUGGGUGAUGUCCAGACCAGACUCAUCAAUGGUCUGCAGGAGAGAAGAGCUGUAUCAGAAAUGUUAGCUAUGAGAGAAAGCAGUGAUCUUCGCCAGCAGCUGGCUGCUCUGUCUGUUGGCCAGAAACUGAAGCUGACUGUCGAUACUGCGAAGGACAGUGGUGCCACCUUUAAGUCUGAUGACUUGGUUGGUGCUACCAUACUGGCCACCAAGCACCAUGUUAUGGGUGCAAAGUUGACCCCAGGACAGAAAGUUACAGCAGUCGUCCUCCAUACUGACGUUGACUCGACGUGUGUCCAUGUGUCCAUUCUUUCCAAGCUGCUGGCGAAGAAGAAAUCUUUGACUGAAGGAUCAAAGUACUCAGCGAUGGUCCAACACAUUGAUAAAGACUUUGCCGUCAUCUCACUGGAUGAUACGGCACAGAUGACUGUGAUCCAGACCAGCAGCCAUCUGAACGACGUGUUUCUGUCAGAGUCGGAGAAGCUGAAGGCCGGGAUGAGUUUGGCUGUCGAGGUUAUAGAGCCCGGCUGUGAGGAGGCGCACGGGCUCCCUCUUGUGUCAUGGCAGCGCAGUGCACCAAAACAACAGCACAUGGCUUCAGAAAACCAGACGGGUUACCGUUUUGGUGAAAUCGUGCAGGGUAAAGUGCGAUCGGUGAAGCCCAUCUCCAUACAGCUCACACUCCAGGAUGGAAGCACAGGCAGCGUGCAUGUGUCUGAGGUGAUGGAGGUCACGGAGGUGUGUCCGGGAUCCUUCAUCACAUCCUCCGUUAAAGUGGGCAGUGUGGUCACCGCCAAGGUCAUCGGAGGGAGAGAAGCCUCCAGUCGCAGAUUCUUGCCCUUCUCUCAUCCCAAAUUUACAUACACCAUUCCUGAGCUCACACUCAUACCCAGCAAACUGAAUAAAAGUUCAGAUUUCAAAUCAGUUACAAGAAAAGAAAAACUAAACGGCUAUAAAGUCGGUGAAGAAGUAACAUGCUUUGUAUCAAAGUUUCAUCCAGAGAGGAAGUCAUUGGAGGUCACCACUGAUCCUUGUGUUACUGGGACAGUUGAACUGCUGGCCAUGAUCACUGAUCCAAAAGAUGCUGCUCACCCAGAGAAACUGUACAAACUGGGUCAAGCAGUCUGUGCCAGAGUGGUAGAAGUAAACAGUAAACCUUAUCGCUUUGCUCUGUCACUCACAGGUGUCCAUAUGCUGGAGAAAGGCAGUGUUACUUUGGGGAUGGUGACUAAUAUUGAGCCACAGGUUGGCCUCCUGGUCAGACUUCCUUUUGGUGGUAUGGGGACUGUUGCUGUCACUGACCUGGCUGAUGCCUACAAGCCAAACCCCCUGGAUGGAUACAGCAAGGAUCAGCUGCUCAGGUGUUUCCUUCUUGGGAGCAAAAAGGGCAAGUGGCAGUUGUCUCUGCGUCCAUCAAGACUGAACCCAGAGAAGGCCAAGCCAGUGAAGGACCCCGAGAUUUUGUCUGUAGACAAACUGAAGGAAGGUCAGAUUCUCCGAGGCUACGUCAAGUCUGUGGGAGAGCAGGGGAUCUUCAUCAGGUUGUCAACAAGCAUCACAGGAAGAGCCCAACUUCAGCAGUCCACCAAGUACUUCGUCAGAAACUACAAGGUCCUCUCUGACCACCUGCCUCCCAACACCCUGCUCACUACCAAGAUCGUAAGUAUUGACAAAGAGGAGGAGCUGGUCAACCUCUCUCUGCUCCCAGUGGACACAGGGAAGCCAGACAUCCUUCCAGAAUCUCUCAACCUGCCUCUUCGUCUCACUGGAGAGGAGAAGAAGAAACACGAUCUUCAGAAGAUGCAGAAGAAACGCAAACUGUCUGAGAGCGAGCAGAAACAAGCAGAGUCCCAAGUCCCAAAGAAGAAGAAGAAGAAAAAGAAAUCAAAAACUGAUGACAAUGACAGCGGAGUAGAGGUGUACUUCAGAGAAGAGGAGGAUAAGGAAGAGGAAGAGGAGUCCAGAUCCAGUUCUAUGAAAGUGACACACAGCACAGCAGGUCCAUCCAGACUGCAGGUAGCAGCUGGUUUCUCCUGGGAUGUGGGACUGAGCUCCCUGAAGCCUGCCGCUGCAGUGCAGGAGGAGGGCUCCAGUGAUGGAGAGGACCAAGAUGCAAGCAGCAAGCCCAAGAAGAAGUCUCGUCAUGAGCUUGAGCAGGAGAAAAAGGCAGCAGAGAAGGCCCUGGUACAGCGGGAGGCUCAGCUGAUGGAUCAGAGUCUGCGGCCCGAGGAUGCUGCGGCUUUCGAACGCCUGCUGCUUGCUUCCCCCAACAGCUCCCUGCUUUGGCUGCAGUACAUGGCUCACCAUCUACAGGCCACCCAGAUCGAACAGGCCCGCGCUGUGGCCGAGAGGGCCCUCAAAACCAUCUCCUUCAGGGAAGAGCAGGAGAAGCUCAAUGUGUGGGUGGCCCUGUUGAACCUGGAGAACAUGUAUGGCACAGAGGAGAGCCUAAAGAAGGUGUUUGAGCGGGCGCUGCAGUUCUGUGAGCCCAUGCCCGUGUACCAGCAGCUGGCUGACAUCUACGCAAAGUCUGAAAAGAUCAAGGAGGCGGAGAGCCUGUAUAUGACGAUGGUCAAGCGUUUCCGUCAGAAUAAGGCAGUGUGGCUGAGCUACGGCACCUUCCUGCUCCAGCAGGGUCAGAGUGAUGCUGCCAGUGCUCUCCUGCAGAGGGCGCUGAAGAGUCUGCCCUCCAAAGAGAGUGUGGAUGUGAUUGGCAAGUUUGCUCAGCUGGAAUUCCGUUAUGGUGAUGCAGAGAAAGGUCGUGCCAUGUUUGACAAAGUCCUGACGAGCUACCCGAAACGUACAGACCUCUGGUCCAUCUUCAUUGACCUCAUGGUCAAAUACGGAUCACAGAAGGAAGUGAGGGCACUCUUUGAUCGCGUGAUCCACCUAAGUGUUUCGGUGAAGAAGAUCAAGUUCUUCUUCAAGCGCUACUUGGAGUACGAGAAGAAGCACGGCACCCCGCAGAGCAUCCAGGCGGUCAAAGAGAAGGCCAUGGAGUUUGUGGAAGCUAAAGGCAACGAGGCUGCCAGCUAAUGACCACAUACGCACUAUAAUACCCACAUUGUGUAUGUGUGUGGACUACAGUGUGUUUAACUCACUCUGAGAAUUACACCUGUUUGGAAACAAGUUUGUGCCUCCAGACUCUCGUACAGAUUCCACCUAAAGAAAUGAUCACCUUGUUAGCUUGUAAUUUAGUUUUUUUUUUACUUGUUGUGUACUGGGUGAGUUUUGGACCUGAAAGUCAGGGUUUGGUGCUGAAAUGCUGCAGAACAAAACAAACCUUUUGUAAAGUGGGUUGUAAUCUUCUAUAAAGGUUAAAACAAACUGGUAUUCAACAUCUCAUUAAUUUAGUUUUCAUCAGUUUUGUAUGAAAAGAAGUGUGAAUUAUGAAUACAAUAAUCAAUGUUAUGACUAUCAGUUUAUUGCAUUUUUAAAAGGAUUUAAUAAAGAUACCCUUUACACAUUUGUGGGAGAAUUUUAAA